AUGGGUAAAAAAAGAGUUGGUGCUUUGGAGAAGGUCGAUGCCGAUCUUCCGAAUUUACAGUACAAGAUUCGAAGAGAUCCAAAAUCAUAUGCUGAGGAUUUCUUGAAUCAAUAUGGACAAUAUCAAUCUCAGAGAGACAUAUUUAUGUCCUCUCCUUCCACUGCGACAUCCGGUGGUAUCGUUUCAUUUCACGACCUCAUCGAUUUCGUCGCACAUUGUUCAGACUGUUUCCCAGAAGAUACCGCAGAGUUUCCAGAAGAUCUUAAGAGGAUCUUAACUUUACAUCAUGCUGAACUUGAGAGCGAAUUGCGCGAGAAGAUUGUGGGAAGUUUGGUGUUACUGCGACGAAAAGAAGUAAUUGAUUCAGCCGACCUCCUCAAUACACUGUUUCCGAUACUGGUAGCUACACCCAGUAAAACUCUGCGAACACUGCUAUUCCAAAAGAUUUUGUCAGAUCUCCGAACUUCAAAUUCCAAGGCUAUCAACCAUCGUCUCAAUCGAACAAUGCAAACAGCAUUAUUUAAUUUGCUCACAUCCGAUCGAACAUCUUCAAAAGGAAUCUGGGCCGUCAAGAUUACAAGAGAAUUGUGGAAGCGACAGAUAUGGACAGAUGCGAAAACUGUCGAGAUCAUGAAGGAAGCCAGUUUGUCAGAUAAUGAGAAGGUCGUUGGAGGUGGAGUACGGUUCUUCCUGGGAGGUGACAAGGAAAGAGAGGACAUGGAGGACGAAAGCAGCGAUGAUGAAGCAAUUGAUAUUGGUAAGCUAAAGCAUCAAGCUGGUGUCAACAAGAAGACAAAGAAGAAGACAAAGUCAUUGGAAAAGGCCGUCGACAAGGUGCGAAGGAAGGAAAAGAAGAGCAAACAACCUCAUCCAUUGAACUUUUCCGCGCUGCAUCUAUUACACGAUCCCCAAGGUUUUGCCGAAACCUUAUUCUCGAAGCAUCUUCAAAACUCGAAGUCGAAGCUUAAUCUUGAACAAAAACUGAUUGUCCUAUCAUUGGUUUCACGACUUGUUGGCUUGCACAAGCUUACAGUAAUCGCAUUAUAUUCCUACUUCACCAAAUACCUCACACCACGACAACCAUCAGUAACCUCAUUCUUGGCAUCUCUAGCUCAAGCAACACAUAACCUUGUUCCACCUGAUGCGUUAGAACCUUUGGUGCAGAAAAUUGCCAACGAAUUCGUUUCUGAAGCCUCUGCCUCGGAGGUCGCUGCUUCUGGACUGAACGCUAUUCGAGAAAUUUGCGUGCGACAACCUUUAGCUAUGAACGAUACACUUCUCCAAGAUCUUAUCAUGUACAGGAAGAGCAAGGACAAGGGAACAAUGAUGGCUGCAAAGGGACUGUUAUCCUUGUACCGUGAAGUUGGAGCUGAUAUGUUGAAGAAGAGAGAUAGAGGAAAGACGGCAAGUAUGGGACUCAAGGCUGGAUCGAUCAAGGAAAGACGAUUUGGUGAGGAAGAAGUUGGUGGUAUUGAGGGUAUUGAAUUGCUUGAGCAGUGGAAGGAAGAUGAGAGGAAACGGAAACGAGUCGAACAAGGUUUACCUGAAGAAUUGGGUACAGAUGAGGAAGAAGAGGACGAUGAGCAAGAUUGGAAUGCCUGGGAUGUGGAAUCUGAUGCCAGCAGUGAUGCUGGUGACUGGAUCAACGUCGAGAGUGAUGCUGAAAUUGAGAUCAGUGAUAGCGAAGAUGACAAGCCUGCCGCUAAGAAAGCGAAGCUGGACAUCAAGGCCACCGAAAAGUCAGCAGAAGACACCGAAAAGGAAAAAUCCGACGAAGUCCUUGAACAGAAAAUCUCGACAUAUGCAACCACUAAAAUCCUUACUCCUGCCGAUCUUACAAAGCUUCAAGAGCUUCGCCUUGAAGCUAGCGUGAAUAAGGCAAUGGGUGGAAGGACACAAUCUCAACGAAUGAAAGAUGCAGCUGCAAGACAUGCAGAUGAUGCUUUGACUGCUGAUCAAAUCGAAGGUUUCUCGAGGUUACAAAAGAACACCAGGGAAGAGAAGAUAGCAAUGGCUAGAGAAGGAAAGGGAGAGCGUAGCGAGCACAAGUCUACUAAGGCAUUGAGGAGGGCCAAAAAGGAUUCCGAGGGCAAGAGUAGUACGAAUCAAGAGAAAUCUAGAAAUAAGAAUUUCAUGAUGACCUUGGGUAAGGCUAAGAGGCAUAUUGAUGUUGGCCGUCUUUACAACAUUCAACUCUUCACGCAAAGUCCUCAUGGCUUUCCGGUUUCCAAUAUGACAGUAAGUGAUGACGGAGCAGCUCAAAAGCCAGCGAAGCGAGAACAAAAGGCCAUAAUCGAUCCUUGCGACACCAUACCUAGGUAUGAUGAAGAAUCACAAACGUCAGAGACUGGGCCACAGAAACGCAAAAUCAAACUCGAAGAUGAGGAUGAUCAGGAGCAUAAAACCAAAUGUCUGAAACUUGGUCUGAAAGAGGAUUCUCACACAGGUUCAUACCAAACUCCAACUUUCCGAAGCCAAGAGAUAUCGGAACGAUUUUCGGGCUGGCAUCCAACUGUCUAUCAACAUCCCCCAGAAACAAAGCCGCAAGUCUGCUCUCAAAAGACUGAUAUCAAUCCAUACUUACUUUGUUCUAAUCAUGGUCAUGAUGGUGUUAGUCUUGCGCGACACCUCCCAAUGCCCCAGAUAUCCCAAAAUUCAACAACAUCGAAACCAGACCAGCGUACGAUUGCCAGGUUCCCCAGACUCGACAGAUUCUUACAAAUGAGGAUGACUCUACCGAGCAUGAGAAGGACCAUGCUCGAAAUAGAACACCAUAAUCAGAUAUACAAGGACAACACGGACUACACUCCCGACUUCAAUAGAAUAUUCCGCUCACCCUCAUGGUCAAGUGUGUCAGAAACCGAAGACGAAACCAAAUCGGCUGAUAUAGCCGCGCCAGCUCCCCCCCCUCCCACCCCCCCCCCACCCCCCCAGCUCCUAAAUGCAUUUUAA